AUGGCAACUGUUGUAUAUCAAGGUUUUCAGUCUCAUUUUGAGUCUCAACACUUUGAGCCAAGAUCUCUAAGACUCAGACUCUCUUCUCCCAACAAUCUUCACUCAUCCACACCUCUCAAAUCCCAUUUACUAGACUCACGCAUCACCACACCAGACAACAUCUCUACCACUAAUGCAACCUCUUUGCCCUCAUCUCCUCCUAACUCGGUCUCUAAGCCAGAAAGCUGGAGCUUCCUGGAGUCUAUCACAAACUCGAGCUCUGAUGAUAAAGACAAGAAGACAUUAUUACCAUACGUUCAUUCUCCAUCUUCUCGUAGAACUCUCAGCGAUGAGAGUUUAGCAUUGUGCACUGAAAGCCUCGGUAGCGAGACAGGCUCUGACGUCAUUAACGAUCAAGAUUUUCUCUCGGUUACCACCGAGAGUGAAACUAGAACAACUAUAUCAAGAUCAUCACGACAAGAUAGGAAGAGGAACACGAUGGCUUCUCUUCCACCUCCUUUGACGAGUAUGAGAGGUUUAGAUAGCAUUCAAGUCAAGUCUCACCGUGAGAAUGGAAGAUUGGUGAUGACGGCCAUGCAACCUCUGCCGCGCGAUCGAUGCUUACAAGACCGAAGUAAUGGCUGUGUCCGACUAGCUAUCUUGAUUGAUUCUGAUGACCAUAUAGAGACAGAGAUCAAAGAAUAAACCAUUGAUAUGAAGAGAGAUAAUGAAGAAGAGACUCCACAAUAUGAGGAAGAAGAAGAAGAAGAAAAGGAAGUGAUGGUUGUUGAGAACAUUCAAAGAUCAAAAAGAUGUCAUGAAGGUGAUCUUGAAAACAGAGGAUUUCUAAAUUGGGAAUCUUUCUGUGUUGCCACUUCCUAAAAAAAGAAUAUUUCGGAUCUCUCUGUUAUCACAUGAGUUUCACAAACUUUUUUUUUACUGCAUUGUGUUUUCGUUUUUGUAUGAUUAACAACCGUUUUUUUAUCACUCUAUAUGUUUAUUAGAGAUGGUAUUAAAUCCUGGAUUACAGACAAAAGACCUUGUUUUUUUUUUAAUUUUAUUUUGUCAGUGACCAUGGUUAUUGAUUUAAUACGUAAAUAUUUAAGGUUGUUUACGGUUUAUUAAAAUACGAUGUCCAUAUUUAAAAAAAACAUUUUAU